AUGGCGAAUCCAUUAGCUUCAUACCUUGCAGCAAUUCGCAGAACACUUCAGGCUUCACUUUGCCUUCGUAAUUUCGCUUCUCAAGAAAUUGAGCGCCAAAACAAGCCAGAAAUUGAAAUCGGCAAGACACCAGAAGUCAUUGCACGCCCACUUCUUAUUUCUCGUUCUCCAUACGAAAAAAUCUAUAUCGAAACAGCAAUCAAUAGCGUUCGUAUUUCCGUCAAAGUAAAGCAGAUCGAUGAUGUCGACAGACUUCUUGCUAAAAUGUUCAUGCGCUUCCUUGCUCAGCGUGCUGAUCAGUUCCGCAUUAUCCGCAGAAAACCAAUUCAGGGAUAUGAUAUUUCCUUCCUUGUUACAAAUAUUCACACAGAACAAAUGAUUUUAUCUAAGUUGAUCGAAUUCAUCAUCACAUUCUUAACAGAUGUCGAUAAGGAACUUUCCGAUAUGAAGAUCACCCUCACAAAGCGUGCUCGUAACUGCUCUGAGGAAUACCUUAAGAUCUUGGUCUAA